AGAAAUUACACUAUCUAUGUUUUGGCCGCGAGUGUCGCGAAUUGGCGUAUUGUAGUGUUGCAACUUGCAUUAUUGUCAUUUAUGGUACCUAUUUGAUGAUUGUAUUUUGUCUUAUGAGUUCUACGAGUUUUUUAGAGUAAUAUUGAGUAACUUUUAACUAGGUACCACGAAUAAAGAUGGUACUUUAAUUACUAUCAUUUACUGUGCUAACUACUUAGUAGUUACUGUAACUAACUAGUUUAUUCAUCAAAAUGAUGUCUUUUAAGAAAGGAAAUUUUCGCAUUGGAGAAGCUGAAUUAAAAUGUAAAAAAGCAAAUGGAUGUGAUUAUUAUGGUAAUCCACAGUGGGAUGGCUUUUGUUCAAAAUGUUAUAAAGACAUACAAAAACAUAGGCGAAUGAAUGCUUCACCUAAAAAGAUACCAAUUAACAAGAUUAGUGAAAAACAAGAUUUAAAAAAAGUUGGGUCAACUGAAAAAAAAUCCAAAUUGUCAUACUUGAAAAUGUUUAACACUAUAAAAUCCAAAGAUGAUAUAUCCGAAAAAUCUAAAAAGGAUUAUGAUCCAAUUAUUACAAAGAAAUUGGAUCAAGUAGAUGUAGAAUAUUCGCCUAUUUUAUCUGAAACAAAAUCUUUGCGCACAGAUUUAAAAAAACAAAUUCGCAAUUUUUGUCAAAUGAUGAUGAUGUCACAUUUACAAAGCCCUGUUGAUAUUCAGUCUGAACUUACUCAACAUUUUUAUCAAAAUAUUCUGGACAUGCUGAAUAAUAAUUAUUCUUAUGAUGAAUUGAGCCAUGAAAAAAAAGAACAAAUUUUGGAUUACACAGAAAAAUACUCUAUGAUAAAACUAUAUAAGUUUUUAUUUUGUAUGACUUUGGCUGACGAAGAGGAAGAUUUAGCUAUACAGAAACGGAUUCGUCAGUUAAAUUGGGUGAAUGCUAAGCAUCUAGACUGUGAUAUUGACAAAACUAAUGCUCAGAUUAUUGAAUUGGUAUAUAAAGCAAUUCUAGAAUUGUUAGAUAUGGAUUCAGCUACAGCACCACAAGACAAAUUGGCAUGUGUUGUUAGAUGCUGUCGACAUAUAUUUGGAGUCUUGCAAGGUGGAAACAAUGGAAUGAAAGGACCUGCAUCUGCUGAUGAUUUCUUGCCUGUUCUCAUAUUUGUUGUUCUCAAAGCAAAUCCUGUUCGACUUAAGUCUAAUUUGCACUAUGUGACUAGAUUUUGUAAUGCUUCAAGACUGAUGUCUGGAGAAGCUGGAUAUUAUUUUACCAAUCUGUGCUGUGCCGUAUCCUUUAUUGAAAAUAUUAAUGCAGAACUUCUUAGUAUGAAUAUUGAAGAAUUUGAGCAGUACAUGAAUGGAACGAUAGUAUCUGAUACCUGGGAUUCUGCAUUAAUUAUAUGUGAAGGGAUGCAUCAAAUGUUUGAACAGUUGGCAUUGUUAGCAGAUUUAAAAAGAAGAAAUAUUAUGAUUGUUGAUGAUGCAUUAAAGCUUAAAAACGAAAUGUCUAAUUUUAAGGAUAAUUUUAUGGAUCAAUUUGCAGUAUUAAAAGAAGUGUAUACUAUUACUGAUGAUUGCGAUGAAACAAAUAAUAAAGUGGCAAUUAGUAUUGAUGAUUAUGACCCUGUAUGUUCCAGUUUACCCUCGUGGACUAUGACACCACAGGUUAUUCAACCUGCAGAAAGAACUCGUACAAGUUCUUCCUGUACAGAUGUCGAUUCUUGGGAUAUCCAUUCUGCUGAAACAGUAUCAUUACAUUCAUUAGAUGCUUGUUUUAAUACACCGCAAGAAAAUAAUGAAAUUGCCGGAAGUAGUUUAGAACCUACAAUAAAUGUACAACCACAGUUAGAUGAAAUACAGGAAAUAUCUAUUCAAGGAUGGCAAAUACCUAGUAUACCAUGUGAAACUGGAGGAAAAGAAAUUACCAACUCAAAAAUGAAUACGCAAUAAAUAUAAUUGUUUUAUUUAAUUUAUAACAUUUUGUUAAUAAUAUUACCUGUUUAUCUAUUUUUAAUAUUAUAUUCAUUAUUAUAUUAUGUUAACUGUCUCAGUUUAUUACAUGUUAAAAGAAUUUUUAAUGUACCCCUUAUAGAUUAUGUAUAAAUAUAAAUAGUUCUUCUGUAUGAAGUUUAGUGUUUACUAUUGGUAAUUUAACACUAAAUAUGCAAUUAUUAAAUUAAAUAGCACUAUCUAAUGGUAGUGUAUACUCUGAUUGGA